AUCAUCUAUAAUUAAUAUUUGUAAAAACUUCUGAAUCAUUUCUAUAAUCUGUGUGGCACCCUUGAACGCAAAAGAACUGAAAGCAACCUGGUCGUCUUCUUUAACUCCCGGUUUUGCCUACACCACCGGAAAAAAGAGCAGCAGAGGCAAAUGAUGGAGACCAUUCUAAAGAGUUGCUUUGGAUUCUCGUCGUUUAGGCUGUAUCAGAAAGAAGUCAUUCAGGAUAUUCUUCUAGGGAAGGAUUGCUUGGUUGUCAUGGCCACUGGAAGUGGGAAAUCCUUAUGUUAUCAGGUACCACCUUUGGUUGUUGGAAAAACUGGCAUAGUUGUUAGCCCUCUUAUAUCAUUAAUGCAAGAUCAGGUAAUGGCUUUAAAACAAAGAGGCAUCAAGUCUGAGUACCUUGGAAGUACUCAGACUGAUUCCACAGUUCAAGCCAAGGCAGAGAAUGGUCAAUAUAAUAUAUUGUUCAUGACACCAGAGAAGGCAUGCUCUGUUCCCAACAGUUUUUGGUCAAAAUUAAAGAAGGCAGGAAUUUGUUUGUUUGCCGUUGAUGAAGCACACUGCAUUUCAGAGUGGGGGCAUGAUUUUAGGGUAGAAUACAAACAGCUGGACAAACUUCGCGAUGUUCUACCAGGCCUUCCAUUUGUUGCCCUGACUGCCACUGCAACUGAAAAGGUUCGGAGUGACAUUAUUAAUUCUUUGAAGAUGAAAGAUCCACAAGUUACCAUUGGUUCAUUUGAUCGGACAAAUCUUUUUUAUGGAGUCAAGUCUUUUAAUCGUGGUCCAUUAUUCAUGAACGAGCUUGUGCUUGAUAUCUCUAAAUAUGUAGCCUCUGGUGGUUCAACUAUCAUUUACUGCACGACAAUUAAAGAUGUUGAGCAGAUAUUUAAGGCACUUGAAGAAGCAGGGAUUAAUGCUGGAAUCUAUCAUGGUCAAAUGGACAAAAAAUCACGUGCAGAAUCCCACAGACUAUUCAUAAGGGAUGAACUGCAAGUCAUGGUUGCCACUAUUGCUUUUGGUAUGGGCAUUGACAAACCAAACAUAAGACAAGUGAUACAUUAUGGCUGCCCAAAGAGUCUAGAAUCUUAUUACCAGGAAAGUGGGCGAUGUGGUAGAGAUGGUAUUGCUUCUGUUUGCUGGCUUUAUUACACGAGAAGUGAUUUUACUAAAGCAGACUUCUACUGUGGUGAAUCACAUACUGAAAACCAAAGAAGAGCUAUUAUGGAGUCAUUGAUGGCUGCGCAACAGUAUUGUUCCAUAGCAACUUGCAGAAGAAAUUUCUUGCUCGGUUAUUUUGGGGAAAAAUCUCAGUCUGAUAAAUGUGGAAAUUGUGAUAACUGCAUAAUCUCAAAAAAGGAGCGUGACAUGUCAAAAGAAGCAUUUCUUCUAUUGGCCUGCAUCCAAUCAUGCAGGAGUAAAUGGGGACUGAACAUGCCUGUGGAUAUUCUUCGUGGAUCUAGAGCUAAGAAGAUACUUGAUGCUCAGUUUGACAAGCUUCCACUUCAUGGCCUUGGAAGAGAAUACUCAUCAAAUUGGUGGAAAGCGCUAGCUAGUCAACUAAUUUCUAAUGGCUAUUUGACAGAGAACAUACGGGAUGUUUACAGAACAAUAGGUAUCAGUGCAAAAGGGGAAACAUUUCUCAAUUCUGCCAGACAUGACUGUCAACCACCUCUAAUUUUGCCGGUGACGAGUGAAAUGAUUGGUGAGAAUGAAACUGACAGUGCAUUAAGUGAAUCUGGGAAAAUGGAGAAUUUGGCUACUUUGAAGAGUGAACUUUCAGAGGCUGAGGAAAAACUCUUUCAAAUGCUUUUAGAAGAGAGAAUGAAGCUUGCUAGGAGCGCUGGAACUGCUCCGUAUGCCAUAUGUGGUGAUCAAACAGUUAAACGAAUUGCAUUGACCAGACCAUCUACCAAGGCAAGAUUGGCAAAUAUUGAUGGUGUCAACCAGCAUCUGCUAAAAAUGCACGGAGAUCUAAUUCUUCAAGCAGUCAAGCGUCUAUCACAAGAAGUCGGACUUUCACUGGAUGGUGAAUAUAAAGAAGAAGGAAAUGGACAAGGUACUACAACGAGAAAACCCUAUACAGAAUCGAACCAAUGGCGACCGUUGGCUCCGGCAAAGUUUGAAGCUUGGAAAAUGUGGCAUGAAGAUGGUCUCUCAAUACAGAAAAUUGCUAACUUCCCUGGUAGAUCAGCACCCAUCAAAGAGACUACUGUUUCUGGGUAUAUUCUUGAUGCAGUCCAGGAAGGAUAUGCAAUUGACUGGACCAAAUUCUGUGAUGAGAUUGGACUUACAUGUCGGAUAUUUUCCAACGUUCAAUCUGCUAUUAUGAAGGUCGGAUCUGCUGAGAAGUUGAAGGCUAUAAAAGAUGAAUUACCAGAGGAAAUAAAUUAUGCACACAUCAAGGCUUGUUUGGUAAUGCAAAGCUGUGGAAUGUCCCCUGAAGGCCUCCUAACCGGCAGCCACCAGGAUAGAAAAACCGACGAACCCAUGAACGGUACGUCAUCGUUUUCAGGGAGUCCAACUUCGUUACCGAAGAAAGAAGAGCCUUGCAUAACUGAAACACCAUCAAAUGGAGAGGAGGAAAUUUCUGUCUCAUUAAAGCGCCAGAAAGUCUGUGAAUUGGAGGAAGAACGUCGGGUUCCGGUAAAAGCAACCGAGAGCUUGCUAGUAGAGUGGUUGAAGAACAAUGAUGGGGUUACACUCAACAAUAUAAUAGAGCAGUUCAAAGGGUCUGAAGAAGAAUCUCUAGUUGCUCUGCUAAAUUCCCUUGAAGGUGAUUUUGUGAUAUAUAAAAAGAACAAUAUCUACAAGCUCAUGUAAGCUCUAAACCUUUCGCUCUAAAUCCUCUAAUUUUGUGUAUAGGAAUAGGAUUAAACCAAAUGCAAAGUGUUUUGUCA